CUGAUCAAACCAACCUGCCCUAGUAACGCGCGCUACAAGAGGCUCGCGCUUGAUGGCGCGCGCGUGACCGCACUGUUCCUCACAGCUGUGGCCGUGUGUGUGAGUGUGUGUGAGCGCGCAGAGAGAGAGAGAGAGAGAGAGAGAGAGCAGCAGCGCUCCGUCGGUGUGUCUCGAGCGCUUCUCCGUACACUAGUAUGAACACAUGCGGGCCAAGUUGACUCUGCGCGUCGACGCCUGCGUUGCGUACCAGAGGAAGCCAUGGACGAGUCGUCUCUGCUGGAUCUGCUGGAGUGCUCUGUGUGUCUGGAGCGGCUGGACACCAGUGCUAAAGUGUUGCCCUGUCAGCACACCUUCUGCCGCCGCUGCCUGGAGAACAUCGUGAGCUCCAGACACGAGCUGCGCUGCCCGGAGUGCCGCAUCCUGGUGGACUGCGCGGUGGACGAGCUGCCUGCGAACAUCCUGCUGGUGCGGCUCCUGGACGGGAUGAAACAGCGCCCGAGGAGCGGAGGAGGGAGAGCGGCGCUGACGGGCUGCGCGGCCGGGGAGGCGGCUUCUUCUCCGGGGACAGCGCUGCGGGAUCUGCCCGUCGCCACGCGGAGCUCCCCGGUCAAGAACGUUCCUCAGCUGCCGUGUGGUCAAGCGCUCUACAGCUACGAGGGCAAAGAAGCGGGCGACCUGAAGUUCAGUAAAGGUGACAUCAUCAUCCUGCGACGGAAGGUGGACGAGAACUGGUUCCACGGUGAGCUGAACGGCAGCCACGGCUUCCUCCCGGCGAGCUACAUCCAGUGCAUCCGCCCGCUGUCCCAGACACCGCCGCAGGGGAAGGCUCUCUACGACUUCCAGGUCACAGACAAAGACCAGGACAAAGACUGCCUGACCUUCAGUAAGGACGAGAUUCUCACCGUCAUACGAAGAGUGGACGAUAACUGGGCAGAAGGCAUGCUGGGAGAUAAAAUCGGGAUUUUUCCCAUCUUAUACGUGGAGUUGAAUGAAUCGGCGAAGCAGCUGAUGGAGAUGGACAAACCUUCCACGGCCCCGGUUCCGAGCGCAGAGCCCACGUCUCCCGCAGCCGUCAGCUGUAACGGGAACGCCGUGCACAGACACGCCGAGGGGAAGAAGAAUGCCAAGAAGCGGCACUCGUUCACGGCACUCAGUGUGACGCAGCGCACGGCGCAGGUGAUGGGGAACAACCGUCACUCGAUGGAGAUCAGCGCACCUGUACUCAUCAGCUCCUCAGACCCCCGCGCCGCUGCUCGCAUCGCAGACUGCCCUCACCUGUCCUCCAGCGCUCCUGCCACACAGGACUCUUCAGUCGCAGUAAAUGCAGCAGCUUCAGUUCCACCGCGUGUCACGUCAACAACCGGAGAGCUGCUCGCCGCGGCUAAAGUCCAGCUGCCUCUCAACAUAUAUCUGGCCAUGUACGCAUACAAACCGCAGAAGGCAGAUGAGAUGGAGCUGCGGAAGGGCGAGAUGUACCGCGUGAUGGAGAAGUGUCAGGACGGAUGGUUCAAAGGCACAUCGCUGCGCUCCGGAGGGUCUGGAGUUUUCCCAGGAAACUACGUCACACCUGUCUCCAGGGCUCCGUUCGCCGUGGGUCAGACGCGCUCGUGUCUCUCUGGAGCUCCUGGAUCUCCGGGCUCCGGCGGUCCGUCCAGUCCGGUCCUGAUGUCGUCUGCGUCUGCGUCCCGCUCCAGUACGCCGCUCAGCAGCCCGUCGUCUCCGCAGCUGCACCUGAAGAACUGUCUGCGCUUGUCCAGCCAGCAGCCGCGCUCCGCCAUACAGCUGUUGAGCAGCAGCCCUGAGCGUCCGACUGCAUCUGUGACUCCGCUGCGAGUGCAGGCCAGUCCAUCCUGCUCGCCCUCGAGACCCCUGUCCAUGACCUCGGCCCCUCAGCCUCACACCUCCUCCUCGGGACGGCCCCUGAGACCCCUGAGCUCCAUCACGCCUCCCAACGCCGGUGCUGCGCUACUGAACACAGCAGAGCUCAGACCCGAGGACAAGAAGCUGGAGAAGAAAGAGAAGAAGAGCAGCGGUCUCCUCAAGCUUCUCUCCGGAGCUGCAGCUAAGAAGAAGUCUCGUUCUCCUCCGUCCAUGUCGCCGACCCACGAGUCGGUGCAGGGGGCCAUGGCUGGGGGUCACGGACGAGCCGGGUCCUGCCCCAUCGAGAGCGAGAUGCACGGAGCCAUGAGCAUGGAGCCGCUGCAGAGGAAGAGCGGCUCGCUGGACCUCAGCUUCUCUGUGUCUCCUCCGGCGAGACAGUCCUGUUCCUCGUCCUCACCACUGGCCGUCCGGCCCGAACCCAAGCCUUUAUCCCGAGAGAGGUACCGUGCUCUCGUCCCAUAUCCGCCACAGAGCGAAGCCGAGAUCGAGCUGAAGGAGGGAGACAUCGUCUUCGUGCACAAGAAGCGAGAGGACGGCUGGUACAAAGGGACGCUUCAGCGCACCGGCCGCACGGGACUCUUCCCCGGCAGCUUCGUGGAGAGCUUCUAGAAGAGCACAAACACCAGCCGACCGUCUCCAUCUCCAGAGGAAUCUCCUGAUGAAGACGAGCAUCUCUACUGCCAUCAGAUCCCGCAGAGAAGCUGCUCCUUCAGU